UGAAUAACUCGUUCGGAAAAUAACGCAGGUCUAUAUUCUCACCGUUUCACGUCUAAUUUUACGUGUAAUCUGACUGACAUGGCUGAUAUACAGACCAUACCUGACAGGAGAACUAAGCUUUUUGUUUACGUUUUCUGUUUUUUUGUCAUAUCUGUAAUACUGAGUGUUGUUUUUAUACUUUUUGCUUCUAUAUACGACAGUGAUGCGAAGCUGCGCUUUGCCUCUUACUAUGGAGACCACAUGGUGCUGCAGAAGGCUCCAGAGAGAGCUGUGCUGUGGGGCUACGGCCCUGAGAGUGCACAGGUGACCCUUUACUUGUCAGGACAAGUGGAUCAGAAAACCUCUGUCACUGUCACAAAAGGUAUCUGGAAAAUCACCCUUGACCCUGUUGAAGCUGGCGGUCCCUACACUGUGAUAGCAGUCACUGAGAAUGAUGCAGCCGUCCUGACAGAUGUGCUGUUUGGAGAUGUUUGGCUGUGUGGAGGGCAGAGCAACAUGUGGCUUAAAACAUCAGUGAUUUUCAAUGCAUCAGAGGAGCUGAAAACUGCAGAGAAGUAUCCUCAUGUGAGGACUUUUAUGGCAUCCUUGAAAAAGAGUGAAACUGAGCUGAAUGAUUUGAUUCACGUAGAACUUCCCUGGUCUGUGCCGCCAGCAACUCUGGCAGAGUUCUCUGCGGUCUGCUGGCUUUUUGGACGUUACUUGUAUGACAAGCUGCAGUACCCCAUAGGACUGGUGGAGUCCUGUUGGGGAGGCACACCUGUUGAAGUCUGGUCAUCGUCAAGAGCACUGCAGAAGUGUGGACUACUAGAGGAAGAUUACAGCGGCACUUUUAAUAAUCCUAAAGAGAAUUCAGUCCUGUGGAAUUCAAUGAUCCAUCCACUGCUCAACAUGACCAUUAAAGGAGCCAUCUGGUACCAAGGGGAGGCAAAUACUUACUAUCAUCAAGACAAGUACAACUGUUCCUUCCCUGCUAUGAUUGGUGACUGGAGGAUGGCGUUUCACCAGGGCUCAGGCGGGGAGACAGCUCCCGACUUCCCCUUUGGGUUUGUUCAGCUGUCCACCAACAAAAUAAAUGGAUCCACAGAUGACGGCUUUCCAGAGAUACGCUGGCACCAGACGGCCGACGUUGGCUAUGUUCCCAAUUCCCUGAUGCCGAAGACCUUCAUGGCCGUGGCUUUGGAUUUACCAGAUGAAAAAUCACCCUAUGGCACGAUCCAUCCACGAGACAAGCAGGAUGUAGCCUACAGACUGACGUUGGGAGCAAGGGCAGUGGCUUAUAAUGAGGACGUAUCCUACCAGGGACCUUUCCCCACCCAAGUCAUGGCCACUCAAACAGAUAUCAACAUUACCUAUGACCAGAAAGUGUCUGUUACAUCGUCUAAGGACAUCUUUGAGAUCUGUUGCGAAGAGAAUCACGCUCCAUGUGGGAACUUCUCCUGGAUUCCAGCUCCCAUCAUGCAGUGGGACGCGACCACUGUCAUGGUAUCUACCAGCUUGUGUCCACCUACUGAUGAACUAGUUGCCCUCAGAUAUGCAUGGAGCGACUGGCCCUGUGACUUUAAAGCCUGUCCAAUCUACAGCGAUGGUGGCAUUUUACCUGCGCCCCCUUUUAUUGUCAACAUCACUCAAGACGAAAGGCAACUCAAGAUUGUAAGAAGAAAAGGUGAUUAAAAAUGUGCCUUUUGUUUCUAUUUGUCAAAAUUAGCUGAUAGGACAGACAUGAGACAGAUUGUGCAAUGAAGUGCAGAAAUUGAUGACACUGUGAAAACGAUGGGCUUCUCUUUCUGAUCAAAAUUAAGACAUUCAUAAGGCAUUUUAGAUGAAGGGAUUUUUCUUAAAUGUGAUUAUCAGUUUGUUUAGCUGUGCAAAAAGUUUACAAACUCUGUCAUUUGGAUAUUUUUACGUCCAAUUUACCAGAGUGAGCAGUUUUCUUGCAGCGUUUGUAUCUUUUGUAUCGUAGCUCAUUGGAAUGAAGAAAAAUGGCACUAGACAAAAACUGCCAUGAAGUGUUUUAGGUUGGAACGUUUUGUAUUUAUAUAUAUAUAUAUAUAUAUA